GCUGUGGGCGCGGGAGCAGGGGCCCGGGCGGCCCGGGCGGAGGCGGUGCCGGGAUGGGGCUGCUGCUCAUGAUUCUGGCGUCGGCCGUGCUGGGCUCCUUCCUCACGCUCCUCACCCAGUUCUUGCUGCUGUACCGCAAACAGCCCGAGCCGCUGCCGGACGAGGCGGCCCGCGCGGGCGACGGCUUCCACUACAUCAAGCCGGUGCCGGGCCUGGCCCUGAGGGAGUACCUUUAUGGCGGCGGCGGGGCUGAGGAGCCCUCCGGCGGGCCCCCCGAGGGCGGCGCGACCCCGGCCCCGGCUCCCGAGACCCCCGCCCCGCCGACGCGGGAGACCUGCUACUUCCUCAACGCCACCAUCCUGUUCCUGUUCCGGGAGCUGCGGGACACCGCGCUGGCUCGCCGCUGGGUCACCAAGAAGAUCAAGGUGGAGUUCGAGGAGCUGCUGCAGACCAAGACGGCCGGGCGCCUGCUGGAGGGGCUGAGCCUGCGGGACGUGUUCCUGGGCGAGACGGUGCCCUUCAUCAAGACCAUCCGGCUCCUCCGGCCGGUGGUGCCCUCGGCCAGCGGGGAGUCGGACGGCCCCGAGGGGGAGACGCUGCCCGCCACCUCCCCCGAGGAGCUGGCCUUCGAGGCGGAGGUGGAGUACAACGGGGGCUUCCACCUGGCCAUCGACGUGGACUUGGUCUUCGGCAAGUCCGCCUACCUGUUCGUCAAGUUGUCCCGAGUGGUGGGGAGGCUGCGCUGCGUCUUCACUCGCGUGCCCUUCACCCACUGGUUCUUCUCCUUCGUGGAGGACCCGCUGAUCGACUUCGAGGUGCGCUCCCAGUUUGAAGGGCGGCCUAUGCCCCAGCUUACCUCCAUCAUCGUCAAUCAGCUCAAGAAGAUCAUCAAGCGCAAACACACUCUUCCGAGUUACAAGAUCAGGUUUAAGCCGUUUUUUCCAUUCCAAACUUCGCAAGGAUUUGAAGAAGAUGAAGAAGAGCAUAUCCAUAUACAACAAUGGGCACUUACUGAAGGCCGCCUUAAAAUUACAUUGUUAGAAUGUAGCAGGUUACUCAUUUUUGGAUCCUAUGACAGAGAGGCAAAUAUUCAUUGUACACUCGAGUUGAGCAGUGGUGUUUGGGAAGAAAAACAAAGGAGUUCUAUUAAGACGGUUGAAUUAAUAAAGGGGAAUUUACAAAGUGUCGGACUUACACUUCGUCUUGUCCAGUCAACUGAUGGGUAUGCUGGGCAUGUCAUAAUUGAGACGGUGGCCCCAAACUCGCCUGCUGCACUUGCAGAUCUUCAGCGGGGAGACCGACUGAUUGCUAUUGGAGGUGUGAAAAUCACAUCUACCCUGCAAGUGUUGAAGCUGAUCAAGCAGGCUGGGGACCGGGUCCUGGUGUAUUACGAGAGACCUGUCGGCCAGAGCAAUCAAGGUACAGCGUUGCAAGAUAAUUUUGGGCAGUUGGAAGAAAACUUUCUGUCAAGCUCAUGCCAGCCAAACUAUGAAGAGGAAACCACUGGGUUGGCAGUAGAUGCUGAAAAUAGAGAUUUGGAUUCUGAAUUUGAAGACUUGGCAAGUGAUGUCAGAGCACAGAAUGAGCUCAAAGAUGAGGCUUCGUCAGUAAGUCACAGCCCCAAACGUACUCCAACAACACUUUCUGUUAAACCCCUUGGAACGAUAUCACCAGUUUUAAACCGUAAAUUAGCUGUAGGAAAUCACCCACCACCACCAAAACCUCCAUGUAAAGAGGGAAAUAAACCCUUGGCCCUAAAAGCUUCUGAGUUAACGGACCCAACACAAGUGUCAAAACCCACCCAAGGAUCCACUGUCAAACCACCCGUGCCACCACGACCACAAGUGAAAGUUCCUUUGCCUUCUGCCGACACCCCAAAUCAGACAGAACCCGAUGUUCUCCCUGAAAAGCCGGAAAAGGUGCUGCCUCCUCCUCCUGCGGAUAAACCUGCUGAAAAGCAAGCGAAAAAUAUGGAUCAUACAGAAGAUGUAGCUGCAUCUAAGCCAUUUUUAGCAAAGCAAGAAGUGGCGAGAGAUUUUACUUCAGAAAGUUCCUGCCCUCCUAAGGACAGUUCAGAUGACCCUCAGACGUGGGAAUCAUCAGAAAUUCCUUACCGUAAUAAGCUAGGAAAAUGGACAAGAACCAGAGCAACCUGUUUCUUUGACAUAGAAGCCUGCCACAGAUACUUAAACAUUGCACUGUGGUGCAGAGAUCCUUUCAAGUUAGGGGGUCUUACCUGUUUGGGGCAUGUCAGCUUAAAACUUGAAGAGGUGGCCUUAGGAUGCCUGGCCACGUCAAACAUGGAAUACUCUUCAAAAUUCAGACUGGAAGCCCCCUCGCCUAAGGCAAUGGUCACGAGAACCGCACUACGGAAUCUGAGUAUGCAGAAGGGAUUCAAUGACAAAUUUUGCUUUGGUGACAUUACCAUUCACUUCAAAUAUUUGAAAGAAGGAGAACCAGACCACCCUAUAGUUACUAACUUAGAGAAAGAAAAAGAACUCCAUUUGGUCGAAGAGGUUUCUGCCCUACCUAAAGAGGAACAUUUUGUUGGACAGAUGGGUUUAACAGAAAAUAAACAUAGUUUCCAGGAUACUCAGUUCCAGAACCCAACUUGGUGUGAUUACUGUAAGAAAAAAGUGUGGACUAAAGCUGCUUCCCAGUGUAUGUUCUGUGCUUAUGUUUGCCAUAAAAAAUGUCAGGAAAAGUGUCUAGCAGAGACACCUCUUUGUGGAGCAACUGAUAGGCGGAUAGACCGGACCCUGAAAAACCUCAGGCUGGAAGGACAAGAAACCUUCUUAGGCCUGCCUCCUCGGGUUGAUGCUGAAGCUAGCAAGUCAGUCAAUAAAACAACGGGUCUGACAAGACACAUCAUCAAUACGAGCUCUCGUUUGUUAAAUUUGCGCCAAGUCUCUAAAACUCGCCUUUCUGAACCAGGGACUGAUCUAGUGGAACCGUCACCAAAACACACACCCAACACAUCAGACAACGAAGGUAGUGACACCGAGGUCUGUGGUCCGAACAGUCCUUCUAAGCGGGGAAACAACACAGGAAUAAAGUUGGUGAGGAAGGAUGGUGGUCUGGACGACAGUGUUUUCAUUGCAGUUAAAGAAAUCGGCCGUGAUCUGUACAGGGGCUUGCCUACAGAGGAGAGGAUCCAGAAACUAGAGUUCAUGCUGGAUAAACUGCAGAACGAAAUUGACCAGGAGCUGGAACAUAAUAAUUCCCUUGUUAGAGAAGAAAAAGAAGCAACUGAAUCAAGGAAAAAAUCCCUUCUUUCUGCUGCUUUGUCUAAAUCAGGUGAAAGACUACAAGCUCUAACACUUCUCAUGAUCCACUACAGAGCGGGCAUUGAAGAUCUUGAAUCUUUAGAAAGUCUGUCUCUAGACCAGCACUCCAAAAAAAUAAGCAAGUACACAGAUGAUACAGAAGAAGACCUCGAUAAUGAAAUAACCCAACUAAUAGACUCCCAGCCAUUCAGCAACAUAUCAGAGGACUUAUUUGGCCCAUCAGAGUCUGUUUAACAGCCUAUUUAAACUGUCCGAGUGAUUGGGGGAAAGUUGCAUCUCAAGUACCACAGAUAACCCACAUGUAAGCCCUCUUCUAAUGCACUUCGGCUUGCUUCUCCACAGCCAUUUGCUUGUGUAAGAACAAGAGUGAAAAGAGGUUCUUUUCCAGCAAAAACAUGACCAGCUCACUAAAUUGGUUGUUUCAGAUUGCAUUUAUAGCUAUGCGUUUUUGGGUUUAUACUGGGAAUUUAUUUUUACUAAUUUAUUUUUAACUUUUUCUAAUUAUGUAAUUAUGUAAGCUAACUUUUCAUAUUUAUGUACGUGUGAUGUCUCAUUGUGUUACUUUCCUUCAUCUUAGUUUUGAAUGAGUGUUAUUACUGUCCAAAUUCUUGAAGUCUUCAUUUCCAUCACGGUUAUAACAAGUUUGCUGCAUGCCCAAAUUGACAACGGCAAUCAUUGAGGGAACAGGUUUUGAAUCUUCAUGUUAGGAAGUUUGUCAUCUCUACUUGCUUGAAAUUUUUGUUACUUUGGGGUUUUGAGGGUGGUUUUUUGUUUUUGCCAAAUGUAACAUAAAAGCAGAUGCUGCGGCUUUAGUCAGUUACACUGAUCAGUAAAAAAAAAAAAAAAAAAAAAAAAAAAUUACGUAUAUUGCUUGCUUUCUAUCCUGUGAAUUUUCUAGUUUUUGUGCAGUUUUAGUGAGAAUACAGUUAUUAAUUUGAAGAGGUUGCAUUGACAAACCAAAUGUAAUAGGAAAUAGAGAAUGCAGUUGGUCAAGAAUUUUGUAGAGAAGAUUACUAAAAAAAACAGUAACCAGUAGGAUUUUGAAAUAAAAUCUUUCGAAAUGUGGAUGCUUUCUCCUUUUAAAUGGAAGUUCUGAACAUUUGAUUUUUUUCAUCUUCAGUUCUCCCAUGGGAAAUAAAGCAUGUCAAGGAUAAAGUUUCAGAGGACUGUUCUUAAAAUGACCGUGUUGAUAACUGGGUUUGGCUGUUUUGUUUUAGGAACAUUUUCAUGCAGGAGGAUGUCGUAAAGGAAAGGAAUCAUGCAAGAUAGAUUGACAUGCUGCAGGUUGAAGGAAUGGUGGUCAUUCUGAACAUGUCUAUAGUUCAGUCUUUUGUUUAAAAAAAAAAAAAUAAAAACAG